AUGUGUCUCUCAGAAAUGUAAUUCGUCUCUAAUGUAGCAUCUAUCGGACUGACUAUCAGAGGUUUUUCACUACCAAGCCACCUUGGGGUUAAGAUCCAGCAAAUGGAGAAGACGCUUGUGGUUAUAUUAACUCUGUUAACUGCUUCAGGGAUCCUGACUCAGAAGGAUAUGGAUGGCAAGGUGUUUCUUAUGCCCAGAGAGACCAGUACAUCUUAUGUUCGUCUCUACCCAAUGAGAAAUGGUCCUAUUGCCAACCUCACAGUUUGUCUCAAAUGCCAUACAGAACUGGCACGGACUUAUUCUCUCUUCUCUUUGGCCACAGCCAACAAAUACAAUGACUUCCUCAUGUUUCAUUAUACCAAUAGGUUUUCAAUAUAUGUAGGCAACCAACAAUUGUUUUUCAAUAUACCAAGCACCGCGGAACUGAGAAGCAUCUGUGUGAGCUGGGGGUCACUGAGUGGAGAAGUGGUUUUAUGGAUCAAUGGCAAUCCCUAUCCAAGAAAGAUAAUUAUGAAAGGGUACAGAGUCAAUUCCAACCCCAUCAUUAUUAUUGGACAGGAACAGGAUAGUUAUGGGGGCGGGUUUGAUGCUGCUCAGUCUUUUGUAGGAGAGAUAAGUGAUCUUCACAUGUGGGAUAGAGUCCUGAGUUCUCAGGACCUUAUGGAUGUUCUUUAUAAUAGUAACAUGUCGGGGAAUGUAAUUAAUUGGCAAAAUUUAACGUAUGAAACAAAAGGCGAAGUGCUGGUACUUCCACAACUGUGUAAGUUAAAUUACAAACCUGAUUGUUGUAAUAUCCCCACAUAAUAACUUUUUAUAGAGUUCUCAAUGUAUAAAGCACUCCGUCAUUCACUUGUUUUGGCCCUAAAAUACACACAAACAUUUUUCAGAUCAAAACCUCCAUGUGCAGGGACAUCAAGUAAAGGGAAUAGUAUGAGGCAGAGGCAGCAAUGGUCAGACACUGGCUUUUCUCUGCAUGCUGAAGAUUUCCUAUGUUCCCUCAUCCCUAAAAUUUAAUGUUGCAGCCUUGUUCCAUCAUAUACUGUACCCCCUUGUGCACUUGCAAAUAGGAAUAUUUCUCUUUUCUUCUUUAUUGGCUAUUGUUAGUUACAGACUAAAAUUCUCCAUGUUCCAGAUCUUCAGUAAUUUGGAUCUCCAUAUCUUGUCUACCAAAAAAAUCAAUAAAACGUUAAUAAAACCCAA